GUAAACUUGUUUCCUAAACUUGGAAUAUUCUGUCAAAGGACAUUACCAUUACCACUGUACUGAUUCUUUCCAUUACUAGCUUCUGUGUGAUAACUGAAAGAAAUUUGAAGAAUGCAAAACCCAUUUCCAUUAAUAAAAAUAUGGGAGCAUUUUAAAUAUAAUGUUAAUAUGUAUUAAAAUUUUGAAGUUCUGGCUAAUGUAACUAUAAUGUUAAUUAAGAAACAGUAUUUACGUUACAACAGCUUUGGACGAGGCUUUCAUUUGCCAGAGUAGUGUUCCCUCUUACCUACCUAUCAGACUAAUUUAAAAUGUCCAUUUACAUUGUUGAUAAAUGUUAAGGCUUGAAAGCAUAGAUUUCUUCUUCCCGUAACAUUAAUGCUUAGAAUUGAUUUUGUAUGACUCUGCCAAUUUAUUUAAGUGCUAACCAACCCAUUAUAAUAAAUGAUAAGGAGGGAUUUGUGUACUUGGAAUUCAACCUGUAGGAUUUAGAGAAAGCCGUUGUGCUUGUGGACAAGCCAACUGCUUAUUUAUUGAAAAGGCACUUUGUCAAGAGUGUUGUUCCUCUGCUCUGACCGGCUCUUAUUGUGACAGGCAGAAUUUUUCAAAGUGGCAUUUGUCUCUCAAUACACUUCUUUCUUAUUCAGUGGAGCAAAGGGAGGACAUAACAUAGGGUUCACAGACAUACAUAUAUGCCCUUAGUAUUAGGACUGAUUAUAUGUGGGCAGAUCUCUUGUGUCUAUGUGGAGCCACAUUGAUUUCAGAGGGGCCUCCACAGGCGUCAGUUGCAGGACUGUGACGUAAAGAACCCAACCAGUUACCUUUUGUUUACUUCACUGGAAAUCUACCUAGGAUUCACAUUUUAACAGUCAGUAUGGUGGAACUGGAGUGAGUGAAAAUGUUUUAAACUCAGAUAAAACUUAAAGUCUGCAUAUUUUGACAGUCUUUCUGCAGUAGCAUGGUGAUGGUGCUGCUUAUGUAUGACUAAUAUUCCUUAAUUACCUAAAGUCUGGCACCUAAUCUAGGGUUACAGGUAAAAAAUGGAGGGCUACAAAAGGAAAAGACAGGGUUAUAAGAACUUAAUGAGAAACUUAAGAAUGUAAUGGGAAAAAACAAAAAUACUGAACAACAUAAAACCCAGAGAACUCUCAUCAUUUUUUCCAGUUACACAAAAACAUGAUUUUUGCUUAUAUUUCUGUAAAUGAGAAAUUGGGUGCAGAAGUCUUCUGUUGUUACAAAAGUUUAUAAAAGAUAAGGAAAAAACUAUAACGGCAUGCACACAUACAUGUGAACCAGAUCCUAGAGCCCUUACCUUGCACCCUUGAAGAAAUUCCUUUCUCUAAAAGUACUUCAAAUUAUAGCAUCUGCAAGUAAAUUAUAACCAGCAUUGUAUUUACUGCUUCCAGAAAACUAGAACUGCACUUAUCCUAUUAUGUCCCAUUAUCCUAUUAUUUUUGGUAACCUGUCUCUGCUUGUUUGUCUCCUUCACUAGUAUCUCAUCCUUUCGACUUUAGCCUCUUUGAGGCAGGGACUGUUUUAUGUCAGUUUGUAUACCCCCUGGCAUAAUGGGGACCUAGUUGUGGGGGCCUCAGAUCAUUACCUCAGUUUAAAUGCUGAAAAAAUAAAUAUCAUUCUGUUGUUACAAAUGAUUUAACUAUAUGAAUUCUUUCUUUCUAGUCAUUUAGCCACCAGUUGAACAACUGAACCAGCUUGUGCAAAACCUUAGGCAUCAGAUCACCACUCUGUGAUUUACCCCCUCCCCCCUUGUGCUGAAGCCAAUUAGCACUUAAUCAGGUUUCUUUAUCUUGCUUAGCACAAGAGAUGAAGUAUCCAAGAAACUGUCUACAGGGUACUAAUAACCCAGAUCCGGUUUGUUAUGCUACUGUUGUAACAUCAGUAGUUGCUGUGCAUGCCACAGGAACAUAAUAUACACUUUGCUGCCAAAUUGUCCCCUAGGGCCAGAUUUGGAAUAUCUACACUUCUCACUGGUAGAUCUUUGAGCACAUGGAUGUUGGGUAAUGAGGUGUCCUGUGAUAAACUGCAGUUGCGACAUAAGAGUUUUUCCAGCACCCCAACACUGCUGUAGUGUGGUGCUAGCCCAGGAGAAUACUGUUGGAUGCUUGGUUCUGUAACAUUUGUUACCUUACUGAGUGAUAGGAAAGGCGAUUUCAGCUUUGCUUGUUGAACAGAUUUAUUUUGAUAUGGAAAAUUUUAGCAUGAAAUAUGUGAGUCAGAAGCAAACAGGAAAAGUGACAUUUGUAUUACUUAAUAAGUUUGGAAAAAGCCCCUCUCAAAUCAUUGGUAGAGCUGGUCCUUUCAUUAUCCUUCUGCUCUGGUAUCUUGUCACCUGUACUUCACAGUGAUAUUUGGAAACAAAGAUUAGCAUUUUUAAAUUGAAAAAAAAACUGGAUUUUGAUUUAUACUGGCUUCAUACUCAUAGCUUUCAGACCUGUCAUUUAUAUUUGUGUGUAUUCAUUUUUUAGGAAAUUUAAACUUUCCAUAUUUCUUAUUAUGUCUGAAUGUCUUGUUGACUUCAAAGAAACCUGCCAGAUAACUCCUUUUACAUCUGAUAUUAAUGGAUCCACAAGUACGUCAUAUAUUUCCACACAAUGAGUGAAAUGUCACACAUUUUAGAAGGAGACCCUUUCUGCACAGACUACUCAGCAGCCCAAGGGAAAGUGUACUGAAGUACAAGUCAAGUGCCUAGGAGUCCUAAUCCCUGAUUGUUCUUAAUAUUUUAGAGUGCUUCGCAAACCCUAUUAACCAAGGACUCAAGAAGUCUGUCGUAGGGGAGGCAACUAUCUUUUAUCUAUUUAGAGGAAAGAUAAUUGAGAGUAUGGACAACUCUACAGGAAAAAUGAAGAUAGAACGUAGGUUUCUGAUAUGUCAGGUUGGCACAAUGUCUUUCAAAUGUCACGGACCAAUUUAUGUGCCAACACAGCUUUACUCAGUCUAGGUAGGGAUUUUAAAUAUUUUUCUCAUCCCAUAAUGGAUGUUUUGUGGCUCCUGUAUGAGUUGAGUUUACUUAGAGUUUGAGUUAAAAGCUAGUUGAUAGCUAAUUAAUAUGUAAGAUACAACACUCAGAACAGCCCAAACUUCACAACUGUGUUCAAGAAUACAUACAUUUUCUGUUUUAUGUUGAAAUAAUAUAGUAAACAUAUAACCUUCUCAUAGCAAUGCUUAAAUAUCACAAGUAAACAAACUGUAUCUUGCUGAUAACAUGAGGAAAGCACAAUUAUAAAAAGGUUACCCCACUGUUAUUUGGAAACUUUAACUGUUCUCUUCCUAAGUGAGAUAUAUUUGGACAAUCUCAACAUUUGGACUCACUAGAUUUCAUAGCAAGUCUCGAUCACUCAAAUACUUGUGUACUUAAUGUUAUUAAAAGAAGUAGCCUCAUGGUAUUACAAAGAAACUUAAAGGAGUUUUAAGUGGGAAUUUUACAGAGGAGCUUAAAAGGUGAAACACCCCCAGCUCUGCUUCUCUGCUUUCUAGAGAGCUGUUUCCUGGAAGAGUGAGACAGACCACAAAGCUGGAGAAAUAUUCCUCAAAGCAGUGAGGAUGUUCUUAGCGGAGGAUACAGCCAUCUCCUCAGAACACCUCACAACACACUAGGUCAUAGUCAGACCUAUCUGAGUCCUUUUCUCUUCCCUGGGAGCUCCAGGGAGGGUUUAUUGUGGCUUGCAGAAAGAAAUACAAUGAUUAAUGGAGAAAUGCUUAGUAUCACUAUCUUCAUCUACAUAGGAUGCAAAGUGAUGUGUAAAAAUGUAGUAGUCUAUCCCAAAGCUGUGACUAGUGCAAUAAAAGAUAUCACCAACGAUAAUUUUUGUCUCUCACAUGAAUGUUUUAAUGCAUGUUAUACAGCGAAUCUGAUUGCUUUUCCUUAGGACUGGACAAGAUGAUUAGGAGCCAGCAUAUGUGAAUAAAAAUGGAUCAAUGUGAUAGUCCUCUGUAUCAGAGGAUGUGGAUUGAGAUGAGUUGGAAAACAUGCAAAAAAUACAAUUUAUUGAAAAGAAAAAGAAGAAAAUGAAGCAGAAAAGAAAGACACGUGUUGCUCCCAAAUCCAUAGACAGUUUGAUGGUGGAAGUGCCAUUUGCCAAUACAGAUAUCAGAGAUGACUUUGGUAUUACUAGUGCCUCUGAAAAAAAUAUAAAAAAGAAGAGAAAGACAAAUACUGGAAGAGAGAAAGAAGAUAGCAAGACAAUGAAGAAAAACAAAGGGCAAAGCCAGCCAAAUUACUUCAUAUCUCUUCCAAUUACAAACCCAAAGAUUAUUGGAGGUAUUCAGGCUCUCCAAGAUAUAAUAGUACAAAAGGAUCACAGGCUUUCUAAAGCAAUGGCUCGUUAUAGUUCCUUGCAUAUCACCCUGUUAGUGAUGCACUUAUCCAGUGAAGAAGAAGUUGGCUUAGCAGUUGGUGCAUUUUUGGAGAGCAAGGAUUCAGUUGAAGAACUGCUACAGGGAAAACAGUUGGAUUUGUCAUUCCAAGGAAUUGGUGAUUUCAAAAAUGAAGUUGGCUUUGUGAAGUUGGCAGAAGGUGAUUGUACAGCCAUGCUUAUAGAGAUAUCAGAGACCAUGAAGAAGAUAUUUCAAGAAAAGGGCAUCUUGGCAGGAGAAAACAGAGCUUUUAAACCCCAUUUGACCUUCAUGAAAUUGUCAAAAUCACCAGACUUGCAUAAGCAGGUGAAAAAAAUUGAUCCAAACCUGUAUAAGAAUUUUAAAAGCCAUUAUUUUGGAAAUGAAACCCUGCACCGCCUAGAUCUCUGCUCCAUGCUGAAAAAAAAGCAACCCAAUGGCUACUACCACUGUGAGUCCUCUAUCACAGUCGGGAAGAAUCAUGAGGCAGACUUAAUAAAGGAGGCUUUGCACAGAGAAUCACUGUCCCUGUUAUCCAAACUGAAUCAGAUAAAAGAGCUGUUAUCAAGCCCUGAGACCCGGAUGAAAAUUUACAGGGAACUCUUUGAAGACAGCCGCAACAGCAACAGAAAUCAGGAAAGUUGCAUUGACUUUGGCUCUCCAAAUAUGCAGUGGUAAAUUGCCAUAAUGUAAAGUUGUUUAAUGAUGAAAGCAAUUGCUUUUGCAAACUUCCCUCUCCCUCUUUCUUUUUUAGUAACAGUAUAAAAGAGUACAAGUUGGUUAUGUCAUAUUAUAGUAAAAUAUACACAGAAGCACUAUAUUGCAAACUGAUGAGCUAUAGUAGUUCUCCUGCUAAAGGGUUUUGUUUGUUUGUUUGUUUGUUUGUUUGUUUUGGGAAUUUUUUAAAGAUUUGAGGUGUAGGUCUAUUUUAUGGUUUCAUGACGUCAAAAAAAAAAAGCCAAACUCAUUCUAAAAUGAAGGUAAUCAAACGCUGUAGCCAUUCUUUAUCACUACAAGUAUUUAAGUCUUUUCUCACAAGAUUAUUUCUAUAUCUGUGAAGGACAGAUACUAAACUAAAGAACAGAUAUUUGAAAAUGAUUUUAAAAUGCAUAGCUGAAGAAGGUAUUUUAAUGAGCUGCCUUUUCUGUGUGUACUGAUAUUUCCAGUUCGCACUGUCUGUUUUAUUUUUCUUGUUUUGUUGUACUCGGGGUUUGUUGUUGUUGUCUUUUUUAACCAGCACUUGAAGACUCAUGUACAGAUGCUGAAAUGUGGUUUCUGCUAUUGUUUACAUGGAAGCAGGAAUGUUUUUUAUAAACUUUCAGGGAGAAAUUCUGGUCCCAUUCAAUUCAAUGGCAAACAUUCCAAUUGACUUCAGUGGGACCAGAGUUUCACUCUCACUAUGUGUUGUUUGAGUAAUCGUUGUUCAGAAAGAUAUUUGCCUUUUAAUUUCUGUGGAAACAAGAGGUUUUUGGUUUAUGUUCAUGUUUCCUCCAUCUUUGUACCCAUUGCUACCUGAAGAAGAGCCUGUGCCUGCAUUCCCUGGGUACUCAACACUUCAAUGGAAGUUUUAGGUGCACACAAAUGCUGGAUUAGGCCCAAUAUUUGCACUUUUCUUAAGCACUUGUUUAAGAUUGCCUAUGAUUGUAAGAUCUUCUACUUAAUUAUGUAUUUUGUGAUCACUAUCAGGUUUGUGCUGUUAAAACAGCAGCAUAAAUAUUAACUAAAGUACUGGUAGUUUCUCUGUUGCAUCACAGCUAAUUCUUCCCCCUCCCCUCAGUUGAUUAAAUGAUAGUGUACCCUAAAUUCCAUUUCAUGCAUUUGUCAAUCCAUAUUCUUAAUAAAAAUUGCUUCUUUUCAUUUCA